AUGAAAUUAUACAGCCUAACAGCAGCUCUUCUUGCUGCAGCUACGUCUGUUUUUGCAGCUUCUUCUGCACUAGUAGAAUCCCCCAGCACCACUGUGCCAGCUACACCAAUUGCUUCAGCAUCCUCAAGUCCCUGCCCGGGGCUUAAUGCAGUCUUCUACCCUUACACUUACCUCGAUGCCUGGACCCUGAGGGAUAUAGAGUUUAUGACUGGGGGCUACAGAAGCGAACCCAGUAUUGCCGAGGCCAAGAACGUGGUAGACUUUUUAAUGGUUUUGAUUCAAGAAACGAGCCCGGUCGCAAAAAAUAUUAUUUAUGGACAGUCCGUGAAUCAAAACUUUCUUGUGGAACUCACUGGAUAUUUCAAAGCACCAAAAACCGGUGAAUAUACAUUCACUGUGAUUAAUGUUGAUGAUGCCGUGCUUAUGAAAUUGGGUUUUUUCGAACCUUUCCUUUAUGCUCAUUAUAACUACCAAACCGAUCUCGAAAGUGCAAAAAUUACUCUUCAAAAGGAUAUAUACUACCCAGUUAAAUUCGUGUAUGUAAACGCAAGAGCUGAUAUAUACUUUCAGGUCACAGCAACGGUUGACUCCGAGGAUAUUGACAUCACUAAAUACAUGGUAAACUUUGAGGAUGGCUGCCAUUCACACACAUCAAGUUAUAUUCACCCUUCGAGCACACCUGCUGCUUCUAGUUCGAUUGUGACUCCAUCAGCAACAGCAAGUCCGUGCGACAAUGUACCAGCUUCUAUGAGCACUGGUCUUAACGCGGAUAUCUACUCUUAUGAAUAUGGUGACGAUGAUUCUUAUAAGAGUCUUGAAUUUAUGUCAGGAGGCUACAAAAGUGGAACCGUAGUUGCCCUGACCAAGAACGUGGUCAACUAUGUUAUUAAUUUAUAUAUAGAAGACGAAGACCCCCUGCAAAUUAUUAGCGUUUAUGGACAUCCUAUGCAUCCAAAUUUCCUUGUGGAGCUCACUGGAUACUUCCGAGCCCCUAAAACCACCGAAUAUUUUUUUGAAGCAUAUGUUAACAAUGCUGUGCUUGUACAAUUAGGUACUAAUCAAGCCUUCACUUGUUGCGAGUCAAACUUGGUUAGCGCACCAUCCAGUAAGUUGAUCUUUGCCGAAACCAGUGAAGUGGGCUAUGCCGAAGAUACAAAUUCUGUUCACCUCGUAGAAGGAAUGUACUACCCAAUCCGAAUCGUAUUUGCCAACGCGAAGGGAACGAUAUCAUUUGAAGUCGAUGUACAUGAUGAAACAGGAUUUAUCGAUAUAACUCCUUACUUCUACAAUUUUGAGGAUAUCCCAGGGGGAUGCCCUGUAGUAUCAUCAAGUUCUAUUCCACCCCCACAUCCGACUACUGUUACCACUUCAUGGACCGGAACGUACACUUCGACUAGAACCCUCACUCCAUCAGACUCUGACGGUACUACAACCAUCGAGAUCUACACUCCUACCCACGAAUCGAUUAUCACCACCUCGUGGACUGGAACUUACACCUCGACUAGAACCCUCACUCCAUCAGACUCUGACGGUACUACAACCAUCGAGAUCUACACUCCAACACACGAAUCGAUUAUCACCACUUCAUGGACCGGAACUUACACCUCGACUAGAACCCUCACUCCAUCAGACUCUGACGGUACUACCACUAUUGAGAUCUACACUCCAACACACGAAUCGAUUAUCACCACUUCAUGGACCGGGACUUACACCUCGACCAGAACCCUCACUCCAUCAGACUCUGACGGUACUACCACUAUUGAGAUCUACACUCCAACACACGAAUCGAUUAUCACCACUUCAUGGACCGGGACUUACACCUCGACCAGAACCCUCACUCCAUCAGACUCUGACGGUACUACCACUAUUGAGAUCUACACUCCUACCCACGAAUCGAUUAUCACCACCUCGUGGACUGGAACUUACACCUCGACUAGAACCCUCACUCCAUCAGACUCUGACGGUACUACCACUAUUGAGAUCUACACUCCAACACACGAAUCGAUUAUCACCACCUCGUGGACUGGAACUUACACCUCGACUAGAACCCUCACUCCAUCUGAUUCCGACGGUACUACCACUAUUGAGAUCUACACUCCUACCCACGAAUCGAUUAUCACCACCUCGUGGACUGGAACUUACACCUCGACUAGAACCCUCACUCCAUCAGACUCUGACGGUACUACAACCAUCGAGAUCUACACUCCAACACACGAAUCGAUUAUCACCACCUCGUGGACUGGAACUUACACCUCGACUAGAACCCUCACUCCAUCAGACUCUGACGGUACUACAACCAUCGAGAUCUACACUCCAACACACGAAUCGAUUAUCACCACCUCGUGGACUGGAACUUACACCUCGACUAGAACCCUCACUCCAUCUGAUUCCGACGGUACUACCACUAUUGAGAUCUACACUCCUACCCACGAAUCGAUUAUCACCACUUCAUGGACCGGAACUUACACCUCGACUAGAACCCUCACCCCAUCAGACUCUGACGGUACUACCACUAUUGAGAUCUACACUCCAACACACGAAUCGAUUAUCACCACUUCAUGGACCGGAACGUACACUUCGACUAGAACCCUCACUCCAUCAGACUCUGACGGUACUACAACCAUCGAGAUCUACACUCCUACCCACGAAUCGAUUAUCACCACCUCGUGGACUGGAACUUACACCUCGACUAGAACCCUCACCCCAUCAGACUCUGACGGCACUACCACUAUUGAGAUCUACACUCCAACACACGAAUCGAUUAUCACCACUUCAUGGACCGGGACUUACACCUCGACCAGAACCCUCACUCCAUCAGACUCUGACGGUACUACCACUAUUGAGAUCUACACUCCAACACACGAAUCGAUUAUCACCACCUCGUGGACUGGAACUUACACCUCGACUAGAACCCUCACUCCAUCUGAUUCCGACGGUACUACCACUAUUGAGAUCUACACUCCUACCCACGAAUCGAUUAUCACCACCUCGUGGACUGGAACUUACACCUCGACUAGAACCCUCACUCCAUCAGACUCUGACGGUACUACAACCAUCGAGAUCUACACUCCAACACACGAAUCGAUUAUCACCACCUCGUGGACUGGAACUUACACCUCGACUAGAACCCUCACUCCAUCUGAUUCCGACGGUACUACCACUAUUGAGAUCUACACUCCUACCCACGAAUCGAUUAUCACCACCUCGUGGACUGGAACUUACACCUCGACUAGAACCCUCACUCCAUCUGAUUCCGACGGUACUACCACUAUUGAGAUCUACACUCCUACCCACGAAUCGAUUAUCACCACUUCAUGGACCGGAACUUACACCUCGACUAGAACCCUCACCCCAUCAGACUCUGACGGUACUACCACUAUUGAGAUCUACACUCCAACACACGAAUCGAUUAUCACCACUUCAUGGACCGGAACGUACACUUCGACUAGAACCCUCACUCCAUCAGACUCUGACGGUACUACAACCAUCGAGAUCUACACUCCUACCCACGAAUCGAUUAUCACCACCUCGUGGACUGGAACUUACACCUCGACUAGAACCCUCACUCCAUCAGACUCUGACGGUACUACAACCAUCGAGAUCUACACUCCAACACACGAAUCGAUUAUCACCACCUCGUGGACUGGAACUUACACCUCGACUAGAACCCUCACUCCAUCAGACUCUGACGGUACUACAACCAUCGAGAUCUACACUCCAACACACGAAUCGAUUAUCACCACCUCGUGGACUGGAACUUACACCUCGACUAGAACCCUCACUCCAUCUGAUUCCGACGGUACUACCACUAUUGAGAUCUACACUCCUACCCACGAAUCGAUUAUCACCACCUCGUGGACUGGAACUUACACCUCGACCAGAACCCUCACCCCAUCAGACUCUGACGGUACUACCACUAUUGAGAUCUACACUCCUACCCACGAAUCGAUUAUCACCACCUCGUGGACUGGAACUUACACCUCGACUAGAACCCUCACCCCAUCAGACUCUGACGGCACUACCACUAUUGAGAUCUACACUCCAACACACGAAUCGAUUAUCACCACCUCGUGGACUGGAACUUACACCUCGACUAGAACCCUCACUCCAUCAGACUCUGACGGUACUACAACCAUCGAGAUCUACACUCCAACACACGAAUCGAUUAUCACCACUUCAUGGACUGGAACUUACACCUCGACUAGAACCCUCACUCCAUCAGACUCUGACGGUACUACAACCAUCGAGAUCUACACUCCAACACACGAAUCGAUUAUCACCACUUCAUGGACCGGGACUUACACCUCGACCAGAACCCUCACUCCAUCAGACUCUGACGGUACUACCACUAUUGAGAUCUACACUCCUACCCACGAAUCGAUUAUCACCACCUCGUGGACUGGAACUUACACCUCGACUAGAACCCUCACUCCAUCAGACUCUGACGGUACUACAACCAUCGAGAUCUACACUCCAACACACGAAUCGAUUAUCACCACUUCAUGGACCGGAACUUACACCUCGACUAGAACCCUCACCCAAUCAGACUCUGACGGUACUACCACUAUUGAGAUCUACACUCCAACACACGAAUCGAUUAUCACCACCUCGUGGACUGGAACUUACACCUCGACUAGAACCCUCACUCCAUCUGAUUCCGACGGUACUACAACCAUCGAGAUCUACACUCCAACACACGAAUCGAUUAUCACCACUUCAUGGACCGGAACUUACACCUCGACUAGAACCCUCACUCCAUCUGAUUCCGACGGUACUACCACUAUUGAGAUCUACACUCCAACACACGAAUCGAUUAUCACCACCUCGUGGACUGGAACUUACACCUCGACUAGAACCCUCACUCCAUCUGAUUCCGACGGUACUACAACCAUCGAGAUCUACACUCCAACACACGAAUCGAUUAUCACCACUUCAUGGACCGGGACUUACACCUCGACUAGAACCCUCACUCCAUCAGACUCUGACGGUACUACCACUAUUGAGAUCUACACUCCUACCCACGAAUCGAUUAUCACCACCUCGUGGACUGGAACUUACACCUCGACUAGAACCCUCACUCCAUCAGACUCUGACGGUACUACAACCAUCGAGAUCUACACUCCAACACACGAAUCGAUUAUCACCACCUCGUGGACUGGAACUUACACCUCGACCAGAACCCUCACCCCAUCAGACUCUGACGGUACUACCACUAUUGAGAUCUACACUCCAACACACGAAUCGAUUAUCACCACUUCAUGGACCGGAACUUACACCUCGACUAGAACCCUCACUCCAUCUGAUUCCGACGGUACUACAACCAUCGAGAUCUACACUCCUACCCACGAAUCGAUUAUCACCACCUCGUGGACUGGAACUUACACCUCGACUAGAACCCUCACUCCAUCUGAUUCCGACGGUACUACAACCAUCGAGAUCUACACUCCUAACCACGAAUCGAGUCAUUCGUUUUCCAGUGUUCCAUCAUCUGCAGAAUCAUCGGAAGUAUCUUCAACAGUUGAAUCAUCUGCAGAAUCAUCGGAAGUAUCCUCAACAGUUGAGUCAUCUGCCGUUGAAUCCUCAUCUGUGGUCCCAUCAUCUGCAGAAUCAUCCGAUGUAUCCUCCACAGUUGAGUCGUCUGCCGUUGAAUCCUCAUCUGUGGUCCCAUCAUCUGCAGAAUCAUCGGAAGUAUCUUCAACAGUUGAAUCGUCUGCCGUUGAAUCCUCAUCUGUGGUCCCAUCAUCUGCUGAAUCAUCUGAAGUAUCUUCAACAGUUGAAUCAUCUGCAGAAUCAUCGGAAGUAUACUCAACAGUUGAGUCGUCUGCCGAUGAAUCCUCAUCUGUGGUCCCAUCAUCUGCAGAAUCAUCUGAAGUAUCUUCAACAGUUGAAUCAUCUGCCCUUGAAUCCUCAUCUGUGGUCCCAUCAUCUGCUGAAUCAUCUGAAGUAUCUUCAACAGUUGAAUCAUCUGCAGAAUCAUCGGAAGUAUACUCAACAGUUGAGUCGUCUGCCGUUGAAUCUUCAUCUGUUGUCCCAUCAUCUGCAGAAUCAUCUGAAGUAUACUCAACAGUUGAGUCGUCUGCCGUUGAAUCUUCAUCUGUUGUCCCAUCAUCUGCAGAAUCAUCUGAAGUAUCUUCAACAGUUGAAUCGUCUGCCGUUGAAUCCUCAUCUGUGGUCCCAUCAUCUGCAGAAUCAUCUGAAGUAUCUUCAACAGUUGAAUCAUCUGCCCUUGAAUCCUCAUCUGUGGUCCCAUCAUCUGCUGAAUCAUCUGAAGUAUCUUCAACAGUUGAAUCAUCUGCAGAAUCAUCGGAAGUAUCCUCAACAGUUGAGUCGUCUGCCGUUGAAUCCUCAUCUGUGGUCCCAUCAUCUGCAGAAUCAUCUGAAGUAUCUUCAACAGUUGAAUCGUCUGCCGUUGAAUCCUCAUCUGUGGUCCCAUCAUCUGCAGAAUCAUCUGAAGUAUCUUCAACAGUUGAAUCGUCUGCCGUUGAAUCCUCAUCUGUGGUCCCAUCAUCUGCAGAAUCAUCUGAAGUAUCUUCAACAGUUGAAUCGUCUGCCGUUGAAUCCUCAUCUGUGGUCCCAUCAUCUGCAGAAUCAUCGGAAGUAUCUUCAACAGUUGAAUGGUCUGUCGUUGUAUCUUCAACCAUGGAGCCGCUGUCAAUUGUAACCGAGAGUUCAGUGUCAUCAUCAAUAGAGUCUAGUUUGGACUUUUCUUCUUUCUCAUGGAGUAACUCUACUUACUCCACUGCGCAAUCGUCUGAGUUGAGCACUGUCCUGUCUUCGAUAUCACCGGUUUCUUCAUCUGCACAACCAUCAUCAACUGUAUCUUCAUUUGCAGAAUCUUCUAAUCUCGAAUCUUCAACCAUCGAAUCGUCAUCGGCUGUUCCAUCUUCUGCUGAAUCAUCUGGUGCUGAAUCUUCAACUGUUGAAUCAUCUGCAGUUCCAUCUUCUGCUGAAUCAUCUGGUGCUGAAUCUUCAACUGUUGAAUCAUCAUCGGCUGUUCCAUCUUCUGCUGAAUCAUCUGGUGUUGAAUCUUCAACUGUUGAAUCAUCUGCAGUUCCAUCUUCUGCUGAAUCAUCUGGUGUUGAAUCUUCAACUGUUGAAUCAUCCGCAGUUCCAUCUUCUGCUGAAUCAUCUGGUCUUGAAUCUUCUACCAUGGAGUCGUCAACCGUCAUUACGGCUGAUUCAUCGUCUCUACCCGGUUCAUCUUCGUCAUCAUUCAUUUUACCCUCAGGAUGUACUUUCUUAAAGAAACGUGAUGGUACCAUGGAGUACGGAUGCCCAUCGUCGGCGACAGAAUCUAGUGAUACAAUGAUAUCUUCAACAACACCUCCGGCAUCUUCGUUUGUUUUACCCUCUGGUUGCUCAUUCGUAAAUUCGGAUGAUAGUUCAAUGAUAUUUGAAUGCGCUACAGCUUCAUCUACUCCUACACCUAAGAGUAGCUCAGCUGAUGUUAUUACAGUUUCAUCAUCUAUUUCGUCAAAUACUGAUAGUGGCAUUCCAUGCGAAACAUGUUCUCUAACAUCACUCAGAACUUCUACUGCUACUGUGACAGAUCAAACGACCACAGUGAUAACAGUUACAUCUUGUGAUGAUCAUAGUUGUUCUGAGGUACCUGUAACUACUGGCCAAACAAUUGUUACAGUAACCGUUAAUGAUUCCGUCACUUCAUACACAACGUAUUGUCCGAUCUCAUCGAAAACUGGUUCCAAUCAUGAUACUACUUCAACUAAACAAUUGACUACAGUUGUGACAGUGACAUCUUGUGAUGAUCAAAAAUGCAAUGAAGUUCCUGUAACUACGGGCCUCACAAUAGUUACUGUAACAGUUGAUGAUAUUGUAACUUCUUAUACAACCUUCUGUCCUCUUUCUGAUCAUAAAUCCAAUCCACUGACUACUGCUUUGCCUGAUACGGAUUUACCUCCAAAUGGUAUCCCCGUGGAAAAUCCUUCACUGUCUAGACAAAUAGAGGACCAACCAGACAAUGCCAAUCUGAAUACUACCUGCUCCGAAGGCAAGUGCAGUGUUGUUGAUAACUCAAAUACCCAGCUUGUUUCGCCUUCUUCCACAUCUAACGCCACUGGUUUGUCUUUAGCCGGAGAUUCUGCAGCACAACUUACAACCCCUACAUCGGUACAUGACGCUGGUUCAUCACCUACUACGAUAUCCAAGCCAGCGCCUUCCAGCAUUGUGACUGGUGGCUCAGUGACAACUGUUUUAUCUCUUUCAACAGUAUUGGCAGCAUUUCUUUCUAUUAUGUUGAUUUAA